GUGGUACUUCAUGGACUCAAUGGAGAACAAGGGGGCAGAAGGCGGAUUCUGGAAGCCUAGAGGAGAACCCCGUGAGAUAUUUGGUGAUGCUUCCAUCAAAGGUUGGGAAGCAACUCACGAAUUCUACGAAGUACAAGGCCCGCAUGUUGAAAAAACUGAUUGGUUGAUGCUGGAGUACUAUAUAACUACGAAGGUAUCAAGAGAAGCUCUUCCAGCAAAGGAUACUAAAUCGCUCUGCAAAGUCUUCUGCAGUAGCAGCUUGCCCCCAUCUGACAGUGAAAUGCCGCAAAAUGUCGCGGGUACUGAGUUCCUUACAGAAAACUUCAUUAACUCACUGCCUCCAGAUAAUUUCAACAUACCUACCAAGCAACAGAUGCAGGUUGACACCACUUCCCGCAAUAUGAUGCAACGUGCAGACAGUCUCCUUCUAAGUCAUCCUGUUGAAAAUCUGCCUGAGUUGGAUAUUAUUGAUCCUGAUGACUACAUAGCAUUGGAGGAGUUGGAAUUUAUUGAUGAUGAUGAGUUGGAAUUUAUUGAUGAUGAUGUCUACUUAGGAUUAUCAGACCUUGACAUUCCAGAAUCGCCUCCAUCUGAUUCAGAUGAUUCAAGCUGCGUGACCAUGUUGUCAGAUGAAUGCUUUAAUUAUCUGGACGCAAUGCUGGGCUUAGUAGCUGAAAGUGGAGAUCAUGUAGAGCAUAAGGAUGGUGGUUGCAACUUUGGUGUCUUUGAUUCUUCAAAACCAGAUGACGUUGUCCAAACAGCAAUUUCAGGAUUGUUCAUUGAAGAGAUAUCUUCAGAGAAUGCCAGAGAUGGCAAAGAAGUCAGCAGGGACAGCAGUCCACCAUUGACUUUAGAUUCUCAGAGCAGCGAACUGUUGGACAAUAGCCAGACACCAUCUGCUGAUGGAAGAAAUGAGACAGAUGGAAGGUCGGAAAAGCUCAAGAGGAAGGCCUCGAGUUCUCAGAGUAGCGAUGGGUCAAGCAGCGGCCAAGCGCCUUCUCCUGGUCAUGGCGAAGCACGAAGACUGAUGAAGGAUUCAAGAAGCUCGAGGAGAAGUACCUGUGCUUCAAGCCAUUCUAGCUCAUCUCUCCAGUGCUCACAGUCACCGAUUGGCAUGCUGUCAAGAGGAAAAGUUAUGAUGACGUAGGUCGGCAAUCCUGCCGCCUGUGCUGCUGAUGUUGUUCGGAUACAUUCUACCUGUUGUAGGGUGGAUUCGUGUUACAUACUUUAUGCUAUUUUAAGGAAUAAUCGCGGGUACAUUGACGUGGCAUCUACCACCCGAGACUAUUUAGUAGAUUAUGGCUUAGGGGGAAAGGAUUUUAAUUAUUUAAUGCCGGAGACAGAUCUGUUUUUUUUUAAGCCUAGCUUGAUUUCAAGCACUUG